GUCAAAACGUUCAAGGCCAAGCUGAGAUCUGUGAGGACGCUUUGUUCAAUGCGUUGUUGAAUUGUAAAUUUAUCAAGCAGCAGCUAAUGGUGCUUCGAUCCGGCUUCUGCAGGUCUGCCUAGGUAGGGAAAAGACCGCGUGAACGGCGUGGGCAUUGCCGGUCAUAGUGCUGAUGGCACUCAAAGCAUCUUGUUCGAUGUCUACCGUCUCAUUCAGCGGAGUCGCUGUGCGUGCUCCACAGGAUUGGGUCCGUUCCAGCCUGCAGUGGCCAGCCACGUGCAUGUAUCCUCCUCGGCACAUGCACACCGAUACCUCCCUGCAACGCUGCCGCACGCCCUGGCACUCUCCGUGUUGCUCAAAGCGGCAAGAGACUGAGCGGACACUUUCGUUGUUGGGCAACAGGAGCCUUGAGAGAAGGGGCAGCGGUCAGUCUGCCUUGGCGGUGCCCGGCUCAGAGCAUCAAGCAGCUUUUGCCACCACGAUAAACAGUCCUGCACGCAGAAGAAGCUCGGAAGUGGGGUCGGGGAGGUAUGCCGCCAGCGUGAUUCGGACAAGGGGAGGGAGGAAGCGCAUCCGCCGGGCAAAGGACGGGGAUGGGGAGGAAAACGAUGACAAUAUGGAUGAGCGAUACACUUCUCUCGAGGAUGCCCCCAUCUACGGCAGUGUUCAUGGGGACUCUUUUGACUACGAUGAUCAAAAUGAAGUGCCGUCUCCCCUGGCGGAGGAUGCAAGUACAGAGGAGAGAAGUGCGGGGAAUGAGGAGCCUGUGGAAGAACAAGAGGCGUCUCCAAGUGACCGGGUGCUUGCCUCCACUUCGGAAGAAAAGGGAACCUCUAAGAACGGGGCGGCCAGCCGUGAGCCAGACAUGGAGCAAAAGGGGAUGCUGAGAUCAGUAACCGUGUCAACUGCUUUGCCUAAAGAGAAGGUUAAGAAGACGGCAAAAAGCGGGAAGAAGGUAGCGGGUAAGAAGAGUAGGAGCAGCACGAGUUUGGAAAGUGCAAAUGGGGUCAGCAGAAGUGUGGAUGAGGACAGAACUGAGGUCACCAGUCAGAAGAAGGGGAAGACGUCAAUGGACAAGGCUGGGGUUGGUUCUAAUACGGAAGCGGAGGGGAGCAGAGCAAUCAGGAAAGAGGCCCAAGAGAAGCCUGUGAAAAAGAAGAAGGCCGCUGCGCCGAAGUUGAAGAGGAGCAAGGCAUUCAACGGAAGGAUGCGGGAAGGCGAACUGGCAGUGGCAAGGACGGAAACUUUAUCCCAAAACGGCGCUCAGCCUUCGCAAGCGAGCACAGCAGUGGAACAAAAAGAAACCUUAUCCCAGAACGGCGCUGAGCCUUCGGAAACGAGCACCGAUGUGGAAGAGGAGAGCUUACUGGACCGCAUUGCGAGCAGCUUGCAGGCAGGAUCGAGCAGUUCCAAGAGCGACAUCAGUAGUGGCGCUCUUCAGUUGAGAUUCCAUUCGGGUUGUGCAUUUGUCGUGACGGCGGCGGCUGCUAAGCGUGUUGAGGACCUCGUGAAGGAGGGGGAGGCUGCCGGGGUCGGGGCGGGGCUGUUGGGAGCGGCGUCCAGCCUGGUUGACAAUCUAGUCGAUUCUGCGCAGACUGGGGGCGAGAUUGUGAGCGCGGUUGGGGAGGCUGUGGUUGAGUCUGUGAGUGGGGCAACCGACGCGGUUACGGGGACGGUUAGCCAGCUAAGCGAGCAGGUUAUGGAGGUGGUUAGCAGCGGGGUAGAGGAGAUCACUGAUACCGUUGAAUCGGCCGGGGAGUCGGUAUCUGCGCUCGUCGAGACUGUUGCCGACACGGUAGACACGGUGACGUCGUCAAUGGCUGAGACUGUGGACAGUGUGACGUCAACGGUCGCGGAAACAGUGGGUGACGUUGGCGAGGCGGUUGUCAGUCUCAUGACGGAAGAAGAGGAGCUCGGCGACACCGAGUUCGAGGCGUUCCGCAACCAGGCCGGCCCGCAGCUGCGCGGCCGCGCGGGGCUGGACAACCUGCGCGUGCUCUCGGACGGCGCGAACCUGAUGCAAGUCAUCUCCGACGCGUACACGUUCACGCUCAAGCUGCCGCCGCUCCAGUUCUCGCUCGUCGUUGUGGUUCUUCCGCUGCUCAUGAGUUUGGUGUUCACCGGGGUCUACCUGUUAGAUAUGCAAGGCUUAGUUCCGGACGAUAGCGUGCAGAGCAUUUAUGACGGGCUGCAGAAGGGGGGACACGUGGCGGAGGCGCACUGGUACGCGCUGUUCCAGGUGUUCAUGUUCAGCCUCUCUCUGGCGACCGGCUUGCAGCCCGUGCUAGCCCCCGUGACGCCCUUCUCCUUCGUGGCCGCCAAUGUGAAUGCGCUCCUCGCCCAGCUGCUUUUCGUCUUCCUCAGUGGCUCCGUGUUUGCUCGGUUGUCGCAACGGUCGAGGCCCAUCCGGUGCUCUACGGUGGCCCUCAUUUGCCCCCCCUGCCACGAGAACCGGUCCGGCAAAGAGUGGAGUAACAAGGUGCUCAUGGCCAGGUACGUACUGGUGGGGACGCGCCCCUCGGAGCUGGUGGACGUGAAGGUGGACCUGACAUUUCACUACAACACGCUGACGCGCAACGGCUCUUACUUCAACCGCCAGGUGUCGCUGAAACUGGUCCGAUCGGAGGUGGCCCACCAGACGGGCGGCAUGCUGGUGCGCCACGUCAUCGACGAGAGCAGCCCGCUGUACCGGCGGACGGAGGAGAUGCUGAAACGGGAAGACGCCAUCUUCAAGCUUAGCGUGGUUGGCCUGGAGCGCUCGUCGAUGCAGUCCGUGUUCGAGUUGCAGUACUACUGUGUGGCUGAUGGGGAUGUCAUUUGGGACGCAGAGUUCGAAGACGUGGUGCUUGUGAACAAGUCUAUGCAGAGGGUUAUUGACCAGUCAAAAGUUAGCCGGUGGAGAUCGGUUCCGACCACUGGUUACCGGACUAUCAGUGCGUGAAGGUCUCUUGAUUCUUGGCCAAUAAAGGGUGCUCAAAGAGCGCGCUUGACCCUUUUUCGAUUGCUAUCAUCGUACUACUAAUACUGCAGUGUACUUUGCUAGUGGAAGUCGUUGGUAGAAACUAAGGCAGCCAUUAUUGAGAGAGCUUGUAGGGCAGAGCGAUCAUUGAGAAAGCUUGUGGGGCACUGCGUAGAUAGAGGAGUCAGAGUCAGUGAUUUGACAGCACCUUUCAGCCGCAGCAAGCAGAUUCCUUAAAUUUGACGUUCUAACAUCCCGGCAUAUAUUGAUCAGCAUCCAGUCCUUCUUGGUGACUCGACGAUAACGAAUCUGUUUGAAAAGUUUGCGUCGAGUCGACCCUCAG